AUGGAGUGGAAACUGGAGCGCACCGCCCCGCGGAGGGUCCGGACGGAAGAAGAGAUGCUGUGGGUGAGUAACGUCCUUUUGUUUCCCAGCCCCGACUCCCUGAAGGGGACUCUGCCCGCUGAGGACCAACAGGAGAACGUCAUGCGGGUGCUCGCCAAAGACAUGAAGCAAAAGAGAAGUCAAGGUUCUCCCAAGAUAUUUGACGGAGUUAAUACUACAUAUUCUAACUUUAAGAGCAACUUUGUGAAGAGACUGUCGGCAGAGGUUCCCGUUGCCAGUAGCCCAAUUACCACCAGAUGGCGGCAAAGCCAAACCAGGGAUCUGGCAGUUGAUUCCUUUGAGGAAGAGCGUUCAACCACUUACCUCCCAGAAACUUCUGGAUCCGUGCUGAAGAUAACUCCUGAAAAAGAGACCUUGAUUCUAGGAUCCUACAAAGAACCACUGAAGACCUCCAUCAAAGGGAAUAUUGAAACAAAUAACUCAGCUCUCCAUUUUUGCAAGGCACCUCAUGCACUGGGCAGAGGCUGGAAUGAAAAUGUUGCCUCAAAAGGCCAGAAAUGCCUAAACCAGCUAUUUUUGACCCAGAAGGUGGCUCAGUGGGUUAGUGGGAAAAUGCAGCUCUGUGAGAAAUCCCAAUGUGUUUGGAAAGGCUGCAGAGAUGGAGUCACAGAUGAAUCCUUCCAUCUUAAAAGAUUCAAUGGUAUAAACUAUUCCAUACUGCAACCAGAGGUGAAGUUUCAUCUUACUGGUCUUCGAAAUGACUAUUAUCUCAAUAUUCUAGAUUGGAAUUUUCAAAAUCUUGUUGCUAUAGCCCUUGGAUCCUCUGUGUACAUCUGGAAUGGGGAAAACCACAAUAAGAUUGAAAAUAUAGACUUCACUCUCAAUUGUAACUAUGUAUCUUCUGUGUCCUGGAUAAAAGAGGGAAACUGCCUGGCAGUUGGCACCAGCGAGGGAGAAGUACAACUAUGGGAUGUGGUAACUAAAAAGUGGCUGAGAAAUAUGCUUGGUCAUUUGUCAGUGGUUGGGGCUUUGAGCUGGAAUCACUAUAUUCUUAGCAGUGGGUCGAGGUUGGGCCGAGUUUAUCAUCACGACGUUCGGGUAGCCCGGCAUCACGUUGGAACACUUCACCACCAACAAGCUGUGUGUGCUCUGAAGUGGUCGCCUGACAGUAGGCUGCUUUCCAGUGGCUGUAGUGACGGACUGCUGACUAUAUGGCCCGGUGACCCGAGUGCAAAAGCACAGGUUCAACCACUGAAAGUCAUACCCCAACCUACAGCAGUCAAGGCCAUGGAUUGGUGUCCCUGGCAGUCUGCAGUCCUUGCUGUUGGAGGUGGAAUGAAGGACGGACACUUACAUAUCUUGGACAUAAAUACUGGGCAAACCAUCCAGACCCCAAACAUGAACUCACAGAUUUGUUCCCUAAUCUGGCUCCCUAAGACAAAGGAGAUUGCAAGUGGCCAAGGUACUCCUAAGAAUGAUGUGACUGUGUGGGCCUGUCCCGGUCUGGCCAGGUCGGCUGGAUUUUUUGGCCACAGGGGCAGAGUGCUGCACCUGGCUUUGAGUCCAGACCAGACCCGAGUGUUUUCUGCCGCAGCCGAUGGCACAGCCUGUGUAUGGAACUGCUGUGAGUCACUCAGCCCCUCUGUGAGCUCCAGUUUCCUCACUUUGAAGUGA